AUGUGUGGCCCCAAUAGCUCCAGCCUGACCCCAGGAUUCUUUAUCUUGAAUGGUGUUCCUGGGCUGGAAGCUGCACACAUCUGGAUCUCCCUGCCAUUCUGCUUCAUGUACAUCAUUGCUGUACUGGGGAACUGUGGGAUCAUCUACCUCAUCAGCCAUGAGGAGGCUCUACACCGGCCCAUGUACUAUUUCCUGGCACUGCUCUCCUUCACAGAUGUCACCUUGUGCACCACUACUGUACCCAAUAUGCUGUGCAUAUUCUGGUUCAACCUCAAAGAGAUUGACUUUAAUGCCUGCCUGGCUCAGAUGUUUUUUGUCCACAUGUUGACUGGGAUGGAGUCUGGUGUGCUCAUGCUCAUGGCCCUGGACCGCUACGUUGCUAUCUGCUACCCCUUACGUUAUACCACCAUCCUCACCAAUCCUGUCAUUGCCAAGGCUGGGUUUGCCACCUUCCUGAGAUGUGUGAUACUUAUCAUCCCAUUCACUUUCCUCACUAAGCGGCUGCCCUACUGCCGGGACAACUUCAUUCCCCACACCUACUGUGACCACAUGUCUGUAGCCAAGGUGUCCUGUGGCAAAGUCAAAGUCAAUGUUAUCUAUGGUCUCUUGGCAGCCCUUCUGAUUGGAGGCUUUGACAUCUCUUGUAUUUCCGUGUCUUACACCAUGAUCUUGCGGACCGUGUUGACUCUAUCAUCUGCAGAUGCUCGACACAAGGCCUUCAGCACCUGUACCUCCCACAUGUGUGCGAUUGUCAUCACAUAUGUUCCAGCCUUAUUCACCAUUUUUACACACCGUUUUGGAGGAAAAAACAUUCCACACUACAUCCAUAUCAUUAUCGCCAAUCUCUAUUUGAUGUUGCCGCCUACUCUGAACCCCAUUGUUUAUGGAGUCAAGACCAAGCAGAUCCGGGAAGGAGCUUUCAAGUUAUUUUUUAGGGAGAAAGAUGUGUUGACUAUGAAAUAG